AUGGAAAACAAAGGCCGACUUCUGACGGAGCGAAGCGGAGGCCCGUCGCCGGGAGGCUUGGGCCGGAGCGACGACCAGCUCCUACCCCUGAGCAAGAGGGAGGAGCUGGCCAGGCUGCUGCCCACCAUCGAGCGCGCAUUUCUGCAAUGCAAGCAGCCGCAGCCGGAAGCGGAGCAUCCUUCCGAGAAGAAGAUGCCGUCGGCGAGCGGCUGCAACCCUUUCAAGUCCUUGCCGUCGCAGCAGCAAAGCAAGCAGCAAGGAGGAGGAGGAGGCCAGGAAGAAGAAGAAGAAGAAACCGUGUCACUGAAGCUGCUGCGACGGCUGAUCAAGCACGUGCAGGAGCCGGAGCAGUACUACGAGUGGACGACGAGCUACGUCGACGAGAGCAGGAUCUACGGCUGGGUCAAGGACGCCGACAAGGUGGUGGACGCCCUCGUCGGCCCCGACGGAGACCAGAAGCAUCUUUUCCGGGCGGCGGGCAUCGCCGGCAUCCACGGGAGCGGCAAGACGGCGCUGGCACAGAGGGUGUUCGUGCACGGGAGGGUCAAGGACAACUUCCCGCUCCGCCUCUGGGUCUGCGUCGGCCCGCCGGACUCCGAGGACCGGUUCGAUCUCCUCUACCGGAUGCUCGACAACCUCGGCCUCGACACCUACCAGGUCGAGCACAUCGUCGACAAGUCUAACGCCGUCAAAUCGCACCGGGAAGCCGAGGAGAAAAGGAUCCUCAACGACCCCGCUGCCGUCGAGAACAUCAAGAAGAAGGCCGCCAAUAUGAACAACCCCGUCCAAGAUGCCCAGAAACAGGAGGAGGCCAUCGAGAAGACCGACGACGUCAAAGAUGCCACGAAGAAGGAAGACGGGACCGUCACCGAGCCCCCCGCCGGCGAACAUGCCAAGGAACAGGACGACGGCAACUUCAACAAACUGCUGAAGGAGACGGUCGAUAAGUCUGCUGCUGUCCAAAAAUCCAAAAUCGGGGUGUUGCUGUACAUCCUGCACGUGACGCUGUCCAAGACAGGGUACCUCAUCGUGUUCGACGACAUCCGGGCGUACGGCGACGACGGCUGGUACAGCAACCUGACGCUGCUGCCGCCGCCGGGGGGCGAGUGGGGGGACUGCCUCGCCUACGGCCUGCCCAAGGGGAAGCACAAGAGCGCCGUGCUCGUCACCUGCCGCAAGGACGACGACGCCAGGACCAUGGUGCGCACCGGCCGUGUCUUCCGCCCGCCCAAGCUCGAGCCGGAAGAUGGAUGGGAGCUCUUCAAGAGGGAGUACGAGCAAGCCAAGAAGCUCAAGGACGCCAAGCACAAGGACGGCAAAGACGGCAAGGGGGAGGACAUGCUCUUCAAGGAGCUGGAGCAGAUGAAGGAGCAGAUCGUGAACAAGUGCCUCGGCCUGCCGGUGGCCAUCGUCGAGGCGGCCAAGGGCUUCGCCCUCUCCGACCUCGAUCCCUUGCAGGAUGCUAGUCCACCUAAAGAAGCUGCAGCAGCUAAACCUGCAGAGGAUCAGACCGUGAGCAGUAAGGACAUGCAGGCUGGAGAAGAAGCAGAGGCUGAUAAGUCUGAGAAUUAGCUAAAACCUGCGUCCGUCGCAUUAGUAUACGUGCCAUUGUUGCGGUGCAUGUACCGAUCGAUGUCAGCAUCUUCGUUGCCCUCUCAUCUACUACUGUUUUUGGCUGUCUGCCACUGCAUGCUUGUGUCGAAUAACAUAUAUGGGUCCAAAACGGCUUUUGCUUCA